UGUUUGGGAACUAAUAUCUCUCAUCAGGACUGCAUAUUGUUAAACUCAGUAUCAGCCGGUCUAUACAUGCUUACUGGUCAUGCGCCGGGACGCAAAGGAGCUUUAGCGAUGCUUUAAACUCAAUUUAUGAGUGACCUUAUUGGUAGAAAAAAAAAGUAUUUAAUCACAGUUAUUGCUGUGCUGUGAGAUGCAAAGUCAUUAUGUAACUCUUUAAAUUUGUCAGGCUGCUUAAAGUGAUCGCAUUCUUCGCUUUUAUGGAGAUCACUGUAAAGUUAUAAUAUAUUUAUUUUGUAAUAGAAACACGCGUUGGCUGUAGUGGUGAUAGUGAAGGAGGGGGUUCAGUCUUUCAGCUAAGAGCUGUCAUAUCACCUCAUAACACAGUCAGACUCAGAUGCUCCAUCAGUGCCUAGAGCUGUUGCAUCUCCUCCCUCUUCCACUAAUUCUGAUUAUGAAUUGGGACAAGAGUUAUCUGAAGCAUCAGCGUGGUAGGGAGCUGCUUUAUCAGAGAGCAUAAGCUGGGUGUGUGUGUGUGUGUGUUAAUGGGCUGUCAUAAAGCUCCAAGCUGUGCCUUAAUGUAGGUUCAAUCUUUGUAUGCUGCUAAAUGUCCUUCCUCCCUACCUUAUGCGCAAAGUAGACUUCAUGUCUGUUUGGGGCUCAGGUAAUAUUAAGAAGUUAUGUGAAUGUGUGCUGUUCAUAAGACCACAGACCGAGUGUGUAGCUAAAAAUCUGAAUCCUUAUGCACUUGGAAAGAUGUGGUAGUAGUAGUGGGCGUGUUAAACACACUCUCACACGUGUGGCAUUAUUAAGUUGCUCCCUGCUCCGUUUAAUUUCUCCAGAUCUCCCCAUAUGACCAGCAAAGCUGAAUUGUUCCCUCUCUCCACAGGAGGAGUCACAAAUGUCAGGAAAUGUCAAGCACACAGAGCUUUGUCUUUGGCACUUAUUAGUUUGCACGUACGACGCCGGCACUUGCCCUUUUGGCCGGGACUUUGAUUGCUGCGAGCAGCCUGUGCAAUAACAUGUAAUAUAUUAAGAAAAAAAAGUGUGCAGUUAUCAGGCACGCAGAGGCUGCACUGCAACGUAUGUCCAAAUUUGCACGCGCAUACACAUUAAGGCACACAUCCUCUGACAGAAGAGCAAACCUAAAGAUAGCAGAGCCCCAGUGGAAACAGUAAUUAGUGGGGUGAAGAGAGAGGGAGGAGAGGAGAGAGGAGGAGGAGGAUAUUGUUUGAACCAUCUGAUAUCUGUUAUAUAAUGACCUGUACAAUGGAGACAUGCUGGGAGAGAAAGUGAAGAGGAAUCGUCAAAGAGUGAGAGGAGCUAUUUAGUGAGAGAGAGAGAGGCAGCGCUCUGUGUGUGUGUGUGUGUGUGUGUGUGUGUGUGUGUGUGUGUGUGUGUUUUCAGCAGAUUGGGUUUGCUGAACCUUUGUUGGAAACGGUAUCAGUUGCAGCAGUUCCCUAAAAAUGUGUAUGUGGGCUGCAUAACAUCAUUUCUCUCUUUGAGGAAGCUUAUUAUUUUUCCUCGAGCUCACAGAUGAAUCCAGUCUGUGAGCUGGGCAUCUCUAAUAUGUUAUUGCAGCUCUCCGUGAAAUUGGACAGGCAGAUAGGAGUUACAGAGGAUCAGCGAUUAGAUUUCAUCUGUGAUCUGGGACUUCCACCAGCGGGCGAGGAUAGGAAUCACGAGCUAAGACGAUGAAACAAGUUUAAGACAGAAAUCUGAUUCCAAAGUGACAUUACACGGGGCUUAUAAUGAGCCCGUUUAUCUUCAUAUGAAUGUGACUGCAAGGAGUUUUUGGGUGCUGGGGAGACCAGAGGGUUAUUCCCUGCAGAGGGAACGCUGAAAGAACAUCAUGGCAUUAGCGGGAUGCCCUGACUACUUCUUACGUCAUUCGAACUACCAGGAAAGGAUGGACCGCACUUCCACUCGCAGGCCUGACGAGCUUAUUGUUCCUGGCUUUCAGCGCUCAGCCAGUCAGAAUUUGCCACAUCACCAUGAUGAUGACGUGGAUCUGGAGCAGCUGGUGAAUGACAUGAACUCCUCUAUGGAGAGUGUGUACUCCACACAGGCAGACACGGCAGUUCUUCUAAACAACGGCCACGCCCCUCACCACCACCAUCAGGUGCACACUUCCUACCUGGGACACAGCCGUCGCCACACCCCGCCCCUGCCCCCUUCUUCCCCCUCCAGAGAAAGGCUGAGACACUCUCAACCCAUGCACAUCAAAGCUGUCAGGAACCUGCAGGAAGAGCACCAGCUGCGUCCAGCCUCGCUGCCAGCCAUCCCCAACCCUUUCCCUGAGCUCUGCAGCCCAACUGGAUCCCCUAUUCUGAGCCCGAUACAGACCUCUGACAACCACAUAGUGAAGGUGUGGAGCGAGGAUGGGGCCGGUAAAGUCGUGGAGAUCCCAGCCGACAUGACGGCUCGAGAUGUGUGCCAGCUGCUGGUCUACAAGAGCCACUGCCUGGACGACAGCGCCUGGGCGCUGGUGGAGCACCACCCCAUCCUCGGCAUUGAGAGAUGUGUGGAGGACCACGAGCUGGUGGUUCAGGUUCAAGCCUCCAUGAGCGGUGACAGUAAAUUCCUCUUUAGGAAGAACUAUGCCAAAUAUGAAUUCUUCAGGAACCCCCUGAACUUUUUUCCGGAGCAGAUGGUGGCUUUUUGUCAGGAGUCUGAUGGCUCAAUUCCUCCGUCACAGCUCUUACAGAACUUUCUGAACUCGAGCAGCUGUCCAGAGAUUCAGGGCUAUCUGUAUGUGAAAGAGCCUGGACGCAAGUCCUGGAAAAAGCUCUACAUGUUCCUGCGCCGCUCCGGCCUUUAUUACUCCACUAAAGGAACAUCCAAGGAACCCCGGCACCUGCAGGUACUCUCAGACCUGGAGGACAGUAACGUCUUCACCGUCAUCACGGGCCGAAAACUUUACAACGCCCCCACAGACUACCAGUUCUGCAUCAAGCCCAGCAAAGUGAGGAGCGACUGCAAGGAACUGAAAAUGCUGUGUGCGGAGGACGAGCAGAGCAGGACUUGCUGGAUGACCGCCUUCAGGCUGUUCAAAUACGGGAUAGUGCUGUAUCAGAGCUACAACGUGCCCCAGCAGAGGAAGUCUAACCUCUCGCCUUUUACUGCGCCUGUGCGAAGCGUAUCUGAGAACUCCCUGGUUGCCAUGGACUUCUCCGGGCGGACCGGUCGCGUCAUCGACAACCCCAUCGAGGCCCAGAGCGCCGCCCUGGAAGAAGGGCAUACCUGGAGGAAAAGGAGCCAGCGUAUGAAUGUCCUGGGCAGUCCCAGUCCCCUGCAUCCAUCUUCUCUGAGCACAGUGAUUCAUAGGACACAGGUGUGGUUUCAUGGUCGUAUCAUGAGAGAGGAAGCCCACAAAAUGAUGAUACAACAAGGCCAAGUCGAUGGGUUAUUCUUGUUGCGGGACAGUCAGAGUAAUCCCAAGGCAUUCGUGCUCACCUUGUGCCACCACCAGAAGAUCAAGCACUUCCAGAUCCUACCGUGUGAGGAGGACGGUCAGGUGUUCUUCAGCCUCGACGACGGCGCCACCAAGUUCACCGACCUGAUCCACCUGGUGGAGUUUUACCAGCUUAACAGAGGAGUGCUGCCCUGCAAGCUCAAACACCAAUGCACCGCUGUGGCCUUGUGACACUCCUCCCCCCCAAACCUUUCUUUGCACACCUCUCUCCCUGAGAUCCCCCUCCCUCCCCUUCUGUCCCCUUUACCCCUUCCCUUACCAACGCAGUGGGGGUUGAGGAGAUGGAGAAAAGUUACGUCCUGUUUUGCGGAUGUGAACAACUCUGCAGGAGCCGGGACUGGAAGUCGAUGUCACCCAGUGGGUAACGUUCGUCUCCACCUUACUGCUGCUCGGUUGUUUGAACGAGAGCUGUUGGGACAGGCCAAGUGUCGAAGACUGUGGACUCCUGCGGUUGUUUUGUUAUUGGUGUUCAGACCCCAGAGAAAGACCAGCGUGAUGUGAAACCACAAGACGGCUACAGUAUGUUUCCAGUGGGUCUCUUGGAUGGAUCCCUUCCUUUAGAGUCCCAAACCCUUCAGCCCCACCCACCUUCCCCAUCCUCCAGGCCUGAUAAGCUGUGGUGCCCGCCCUGUCCUCGAUACCGAGGUGGGCGGGGAGCGCCACCCUCUGACUUCCUCAAUGAUCAUCAGGGAUGGACGGGAACCUCCCUGGGUCCCAUCAAACUUGAUCCAGGAGUUUUCUCAACCUGUGCAGUCCAGUCUGGAUAAGCUGACACCCUGCCCUCCAACCCCCGGAAACACCUUAGCGGGGCAUGACGUGGCAUCGCUGCCGUGUCCCGACCCACAGACCCCUGAUGCAACCCCAAUCCCGCCUCCACACGAGCUCAGAAAAAAGUCGGGAGAGAAACGAGAAGUCGCUGAAAGGCAAGACGAGCAGAGCAGGGGCGAGGGUUUGCUGAAAGGACAGAGGAAUGUUUAUCAGGAAGGCUGUACAAGCCUCUCUUGUAGAGUUGAUUACUUGAUGUCAUUUUAAUGCUGUUUUAUUACUGUUGAUUCAAUGAAGAACUUGUUUUGCACUCCCGAGCGGACAGACGACAGCUCUUUAGCUAAGAGAAGCUGCCUCCUCUUCCUCCUUCACUCCCCUUCUGAAAAGCACGCAUACGAAUUUCCAUCAGCUCUGACUGGAUUACGGUGGUGUGGGAGCACAGUCACAUCAUGCAGUGCUUUCCAGUAAGGUUUAAGAACAUCUAACUAGCCCCCCCAGCCUUGUGUGUCGUACCAACAAGACCACAACAAUUAACAAACAUGAAUGUGCUCUUGAACCAGCUGUAGGUGUCUCAAGACUUUAAGGAAGAAGAGGAAGGUUGUCAAAUAGACUCACUUAAAAGUGUGUCGAACCCCAAGCUUUCUACCAUUUCGGUCUUUUUUUUUUUUUUCAAUCAAAUUGGUUAUUUUAUCUGUUGGUGAAUUUGUCUUUGAAUGUUUUCCUUUUACUAAAUAAUUUCCGAGCUCUCUGCUUGCACAUUUUUAAAAAUCAGCCUGAUUUGUUGUCGAUGGGUUGGAGCUGUCGUGUUCGGAUUCUGACCACUGUUCCCUCGUUGAAAGCAACAAAAGCACUCUUGAAACUUUUGUUAAAAAAAUUUAAAAUAUGGAAUUUGAACAAAUGACUUGAAACGUGAACUCAGUUGUCUGUGUGUCAACAAACAGUCAAAUGAGCUUCACUCGCCUUAAGUGAAAAUUGUGAGCCUUGUGUAUAACAUUGAAGCUAUGUUUUAAAAAGAAAUGCACAUAGAGUAACACGUUUGGGGAAAAAAAAUUUCAGGGGUGGUGGAAGAACAUCAUGAAUGGGGAGAAGUGGUGGGAGAUUUUGGGAAACGGUCCAUUUUUGCUUUCUUGUUAAGAAAUGUAACUCUCUUACAGGAUCUGUACAUUAAAAAUGAGGCUAAUGCUAGCGUGACUAGCAGUCUUGGCUCUGUACAGAGGUUAUAAAAUCUGCCUACGGCCACCUCUAAAGCUCAGUAAUCAACAUGUUUUAUCAUGCUGGAAACAACAGUUUGUGAAAGGUAUCUGAUGUUUUUACUGAGCUUGGCUAGCUGGCUGCAGACUGCUAGCUAGCAUCACACGUAACUAGCUAGCUUCUCAUCCCUGCCUUCUUCUCUAACAGGAAAGCAAAAAAUAUAUUUUCCAAAAGGUCUCAAAGAUUCCUGUAAAGUAAAAAUCCAUUAGAACACAACUUCGAAAACAUGUACUGGUGAUGCAAUCUCAGAUCUGGACAAAAUGUCAGUCAACUCUGUAUUUAGAUAUUUCCAUUAGCUGCAUGAAGUGUUUGAGCACCAUUGCUGAACAUCAACAGGGUCGCUAAAUUACAAUCAAGCAGAAAGGGCUUCUUUCUUGAUUUCACAACCAAUCCAUCAAACAACAAAUCCACUGCUACAGAGACAUAGGAAGCUAACAUUACAGAGGGGUUUCACUUAGUUUAGUAGUACCAGGUCAUUGUUUGAGCAAAUUAAGGGCCAGCAAAUAUUUGUUUUUGUUUUUUCAUUUUGAAAAAGUAAAAGUAUUCAAUUAUUCAAGCUUCUCAAAUAGCAGGUUUAGUGAACUGAACCUCCAAUUUCAGAUUGUUGUACUAGCUGUCACGUUUGGUUCUUGAGAUUUUUUUGCAUUCUUUAUUUUUUGUAGACACGUGACCCCUAACCAUGUGACAUUAACUUGUCGGCCAUUUUGGAUAUGUGACAAUGUAGGAUAAAGUGAACAAGUCCCCAAUCACACAAGCCUAUAGACUGGUCUGCAACCAGUUGGAAACCACUGGUCAUGAUGGGGAAAUAAGUAUUCCUUGAAUGCUUGCAAGUAGUUAAUGGAGGUUGAUGGUUUUCACUCAAAAAAUAAAGUCUCAGUCACACAGGCCUUCCGAGUGGUCAGUGACCCCUAUUUUUCCCCAAUGACCCACCUGUCAGUAUGGAAAACAUUUUGGAAACUGUAAAAAGUGCAGCAAAAAAAAAGAAAAAGAAACAAGGAAUAUUUGCUUUUAUGUAAAAGUUGUCCUUUUUUAAAACAUGCUGGUUGUAAAUCUCAAGCACAACUUUUACAUUGAAGAAUGAAUCCUCUCCAUCUCUGGUUUGUGUGGCCGGUUUUCACAGUUUACUACUGCUCAGAGAGUAAUUACAAAGAUCUUUCAGACAUACAUGAAACGCAGAGAUGCAAAUGUGCUAGCAACCAAAGGAGUCAUUGGAAGGUUUUCAUUAUAGCACCUACUUUGCAACUGAUUUCACCCAGCGAGAGCCACCAACCUCCUGGAAACAUUAACAACCAGUCGGUAAAUACGUUUCCCUGACAACCAGUGACAACCAUAUCGUUUCUAACUGAUGCCACGUGAGAAAUCUCAGUACACCAAAAUUUAACUAAAAUGUUCUAAAUUGACUAAAUUGGAUAUUAGCGAUGUUAGUCUGUAAGUCUAACUGCUGUGAUAGUAGAUCUCAUGGAAAACAGUUGUCACAUGAAUGUGUCCGAAAUGUGUUAGCUUUUUACUGUUUCGGUUUCCUUAAUUUUUUGGUUGAACCCUAGCUUUAUACUAGAACAUACCACAUGUAUGUUACAGAGAAGGAGUUUGCUAAUAGGUGGCUAAAUGCUAAACACAGAACCUUAAUCCGAUAUGCCCAAAAUUAGCAUUCAUGGUUCAAAACUUCUGAAAAUGGCAUCAGUUUGUGAAUCAGUCGGUAUCAUAAGCUUUUUUUCCCCCUCCACCCUUCCCUUCAUUUUUUUUGUCAUUUGGUCCCAUUAUUGGCUUUUUGUUGAGGGAACCAGGGUAACGCUAACUUUUGGAUUCACCUACAUAGGAUCAUCCCUUAAGCGCUCCUUAAGCAGUCUGGAAAAUAAACUGAAAACAACACAUAGCAGGUAAAGCAGAAAAAGUUGGUCUACUGAAAAAAAUGAGCUGUCAUCAACCAGUUCAUGACAUGUAGGAGAAAAUGCCAAUAGUUGAUGCUGUUGCCAGGUCUCUAAAAAUGAAUCUGUAAUAGUCAGCAUAGAGAUCAGUUCCAAAAAAUUAGAUUCACAUAGAAAUUCCACUCUAAGUAGCUUAAACAGAUCACCAGUUAGUUUAUUUUUUUACCUUAUUUAUAGUAACAGGAAAAAGAUGCCCAGGAAAGGAGACGAGGAAUCCUUUUGUCAUUCCUACUGUCACGUGACCAAUUGAAUGCGUGUGACAUAACACCUGCUUUAGCUUUGUGCUGCACCCGUCCCACCCUCACCUGCAGUUUCCAUCCAUCCUAUCCCAGAUUCACAGGGUUAGAAUGAGGUCGCCAGACUCUAAGCACCGACACUGAUACACACACAGACACACACACAAUCCACUGCCGCCACCAGCCAACUAAUCGCGUGACUUAAACGACUCACCAGCUCUGCACUCCACCAAUCAGGCCUUUCUGGUCAGUCAGGUCAGACUCUCUCCAGGGAUUGGAUAAUGCUUGAAUCCCCCGCCCCCCUCUCCCACCUGUGUCCAGCCUGUAAGCUAUAUGAUCCUGUGGUAAAUGUGUGUGUUUGUGUGCGGAUGACCAGACUGUUAUAUUCACCCUUCAGGAACUCUGCUGGCUAACGCGCUCGCCCUUUUAGAGGCGGUAAGAAGACAGUCUGGUAAAGUCGGGGGGUAAGCUGCAGAUUUAGAGGAGACGGGAGUUUGACUGGAAGUUUCCCAGCAUUCCCGGUCAUCAGUUUAGGUUCUUCCCUGUCUGACAGAGGAUGAAAGCCACGUCACUAUGGGUCAGCGGGGACAAAAUCACCGUCCUCCCUGCAUUUUUUUUUUUAAAGUCACUGUGCUACAAUGCAAUCAUUCACAGAAGUCCAAUCAUAUGAAUAUAUACCAGUAUAAAGUAUCUUUUGUUUUCAAAGUAUGUGAAGCUAUGGAGAAGAUGUAGAUCUAACACUGUACCUAGGUCACAGAUCACUAUGUAUGGGCUGUUAUGCUUUUGCUCAUAACUCCAUGUAAAAUGAAGAAUGAUUUGUUUUUUCCUUUUUUUUAUUAUUUGAUUGUGUGUAUGACUUUAUUGUGUAUUGUCUUUGGUUUGCCACAAAAUGACAUAUACCACAGCAUAUACAGUAUUAAUUAAAUUAAACAUUUUUUUUAUUUUAAGAAAUCAAACUGGAUUUUUGGCACGUGUCAAAUUUCUGAACUUCGGUUGUGUUUAUAAGCUGACAGGCUGUCGGAGUCUUCAUCUCUGCCAGGUUUCAACUCUUUCAGUAUUCCCUCUCUGUCAUUUAUACUCCAUGUUUGGAUAUUAAGCCCACACACACAGAGCAUUGUUUUUUGAUGGAGAGCGCACAUGCUAAUUCUUAAGCUUUUCAUCACAAGUAGUGCAAUUAUAAGCUGUAGCUCCAGAGGAUUGUGCAUCUCAUUAUAAUGUCUAUGUUGUCUGAUUAUUUUUCUUAAAGGUGCGUAACAUUUUUUUGUGUAUUCUCUCGCAGCACGUGCCUCUUUCUGAAACGGUCACAGCUCCCUAGUUGCCGUCCGUCCACUCUCACACUGCAUUUCAAAUUAGCUGUGACUGUGAAAUGCAACCUUAGCAGAACUAAAUGCUAAUGUGGACGUCACACGUCAGUCCCACUGAACUUUGGUGACUUACAGUAUAGGUGCAAGUGAAGCUAACUCAGUGUUUUUAUUGCUGGGUCAAAGUCAUCAUAAGUUGAAGUCAAAUAAAAAAUUUCAGGGAGGAAAAAACAAAAACAAAGGAUCAAAUGAACUGUAAUAAUUUUUCUCACAUACACCCCUCCACUGUGCUUUGCUUCAUUCUGUCUGUGCGGCUCCUGGAUCUACAUUGUAUCCUGUUCAGGUAUUUUUGUACAAAUAAGGGACUGAUAUAUUCUCUGUUUAUUGGAAAUUAGAAUAAAAGACAACAUUGCUAUAAACCAAA